CGCGAGUCGUGUUGUUCUCGUCAUUAUCUCACGAGUCCACCCACCCACACAAAACAUCAUAGAAAAGAACGUCAAAACGCAACACAACAUAACUUGAUACGACAUUCUUCUUUGGCAGUUCCUUCUUCUUCUUCUUCUUCCUUCCUCUUCAGCCACCAUCACCACACAAAACCAUAACCCCCCUUUUCCCUUUUUCUCUUCAUCCUUAUCCAUUCUCUAUCUAUAAAAAAAAAAAAAUACUCAACAAAAUAAUUCAUCACACUCACAAACCAAAAACAAAAGGGAAAGUUAGUGAAGAGUUGUUGAUUUUCUGUUUGACCCUUUUCUUGAGGGAAGAUGGAAAUGAUGCUUUCUCGUUUACCUUACCAUGAUUCCCUCAAACUACUUGAGGCUGAUAUUCACCAUGCCAAUGCUUUGGCUGCUGCUAUUCCAAGAGCAAAGGGUGGGAGUGUUUUCCAAAUGAAAUUGGUUUACAGUCAAUUGGCUCCUCUUUUUCUGUUGUUGCUACAAUGGAUGGAUUGUUCUUGUUCAUGUUUUCUACAUAGGUAUCUCAACCUCUUCCAUAUAAUUAUAUACAAGGUACAUAAUGAUGGUAGACCAAGUAUAACUUCUCAUGGAAGAAAAGCAACCAUCCAGGACUUUUAUGCUGUUAUAUUGCCGUCUCUUCAGCGGCUUCAUGGUAGUCUUGAGAAGUUGGAGAUUUGUAUGAAAGGGCACUCUAGCUUAGAAAGUUCAAGUUAUGGCAAGAAGAUGAUUGAAGCAAAUUCAAAACUAACCAAUGUUGAUUUGGAAAGAGAAGAUGAAUGUGGGAUUUGCUUAGAACCAUGCACCAAAAUGGUUUUGCCUAAUUGCUGUCAUGCUAUGUGUAUCAAAUGCUACCGCAAGUGGAACACAAAGUCAGAGUCUUGUCCAUUUUGUCGUGGUAGCAUAAGAAGAGUAAAUUCUGAGGAUUUAUGGGUACUCACUUGUAACGAAGAUGUAGUCGAUACUGAAACAGUUUCCAAAGAGGACUUGUUGCGAUUCUAUCUUUAUAUCAACAGCUUACCUAAAGAUUAUCCAGAUGCACUUUUCUUAAUGUAUUAUGAAUACUUAAUUUGAUUAUUAAUUGAGUAAGGAGAAAAAUGUAUAGAUUGGGAAAUUCAGACUGCAAAUGUGAAUAGAGUCUGGCAAGAAAUUUCUCUAAUCGUGUCAGGUACGGCUUUGCUAAGAUAGAUUUCUGGAAUUUUGUCCCAGAAUUAUCACUCUUUACCUAUAUAUAUUUCCUCUGUAGACAAUGUAGAGUAAUAUUACAAUUAUUUAACUGUGAAGCCUUUGUUUGAGUUGUAGUAGUAAAAGGUUUUCUAAGAAAUUGAUUCAGAUAUGAUGAUCCAUUAUCCUUUGUCUGGCA